AUGAUAGCAGACGCGAAGCGAACGGUAGUGGAGUUGAAAAAGAAGAAAGACUUUCUUGUGUUGAAAAUGGGUAGUGUGUACGAGAGCGCUGAUCUGCUAAAAGUAAAACAAACUAUCAACACGAAGUGCGCAGUGGUAUGCAACAUCGUCCAGACGAAAGAGAAGAGGAAAAUAGAAACACUAAAAUCCCGCAAAGUAAGCGCACUAACUGGAAACUCAGAGUGGAUAGUAAACACCACUAACACACAGAUCCCACCGUACUUAGAACGAAUCUUAAUGCUUGGCCCAAACUUCAAUAUACAGAACAAGCAAAAUACUCCAUACAUAGAGGUAGCGUCAGAAAUUGAAAAAAGCAUAAGAUUCAAGCAGAAUGCGGACGAUAUUAGAGCAGAAAUCUCGAACAUCAUGGUUAACCACAUUAACUACCAAAUGCAACCGCGAAAUCAUGAAAAUGAUUGGAUUCGGAAAGACGCACAACAUAGCAAGGGAUUUCUCAAAGAGCACCCAGAAUUGCUAAUAUCGAAAGCAGACAAGGGUACCCAAACCGUUAUCUUGUCUGCACAAGAAUAUCGGGAAAAAAUGAGUGAAAUGCUAGAGGACCAAACCACGUAUCAGAAACUGCAAACCGACCCAACAAACAAAAUUCAGAAGAAAGUUAAUGCUUUUGCGGACGAGUGGCUAGAGAAAAAGUACAUCGAAAAACGCAUACACGCAAAACUCAAAAUGUCCAGCAGCGAGCCGCCUCGCAUAUACGGGUUACCCAAAAUACACAAAGAAAACAGACCACUAAGACCAGUAGUGUCUACUAUCGGUUCUGCAACGUACAACCUGGCAAAAAUGCUGACCGAUGCCAUAAGCAGCACUGUUGGACAAACCAUACAUCAUGUGAGGAACAGCUUCGAAUUUGCAAACGAGAUCACGCGAGAAGAAUUCCCUACCGACGGUAUUUUGUUCUCAUUGGACGUUAAGUCUCUAUACACUAACGUGCCAAUUGAGCUUGCGUUGGACUGCUUAGACGAAAGGUGGAAUGCGAUAAACAAAAAUACAAACAUCGACAGAACGAGCUUCUUGGCAGCGGUAAAGCUAGUGUUGGAAUCGACUUACUUCGUGUAUGAUGGACACUACCACCAGCAACACUAUGGGGUACCAAUGGGGAGUCCCCUCUCGCCUGUGAUUGCUAACGUAGUAAUGGAAAGGUUAGAACAGGAGAGUACGCACUCACUACAAGGAAAGCAGGUUCCGCUUCUAUACUACCGCCGAUAUGUGGAUGACUGUUUGUGUGUUGCUAAAGAAGAGCAUAUCCAAGCAAUCUUGGAUACGUUUAAUGCAUUUCAUGAACGGCUUGAGUUUACCAUAGAAAGAGAACAGCAAGGUAGGAUCAAGUUUCUGGAUAUGAUGCUAACUCGGGAAAAUGGAAAGGGCCACAUGCGGCCCGUGGGCCGCAGUUUGGCCAUCACUGUUCAAGAUUAUCUCUUCCGAACUGAUGGGUGCGGUGGCGACAAACGUUAUCACAGUGAGCAGCGAAUGUCCAACGAAUGCGAGGAAUUCUGGAUCAGGAGAAACUCUAAACCUUGGUGCUUCAACGAUCAGAAGAAGAGUGACCAGCGUUUCCAAGUGUAA